AAGAAAAGGAAAUGGAAGAAGGAACGGAACAGGGGAGGAAUGAGGCGGCGGGGAGCGGGGCCGGCGGCUCUUGCGGACCCCGCUGACACCGCGAUCUCCCCGUCCCGUCCCGACCCGUCCCGUCCCGCCCCGCAGCGCACGGUGCAGAAGAACGCCAAGUACGUGUGCCUGGCCAACAAGAACUGCCCGGUGGACAAACGCCGCCGGAACCGCUGCCAGUACUGCCGCUUCCAGAAGUGCCUGGCCGUCGGCAUGGUGAAGGAGGUGGUUCGCACAGACAGCCUCAAAGGCCGGAGGGGUCGCUUGCCAUCCAAACCGAAGAGCCCCCAGGAGCCCUCUCCCCCCUCUCCCCCGGUGAGUCUGAUCAGUGCGCUGGUGAGAGCCCAUGUCGACUCCAACCCGGCUAUGACCAGCCUGGACUAUUCCAGGUUCCAGGCUAACCCCGACUACCAGAUGAGCGGGGACGACACUCAGCACAUCCAGCAGUUCUACGACCUGCUCACCGGCUCCAUGGAGAUCAUCCGCGGCUGGGCAGAGAAGAUCCCCGGCUUCACCGACCUGCCCAAAACCGACCAGGACCUGCUCUUCGAGUCCGCCUUCCUCGAGCUCUUCGUGCUGCGCCUGGCGUACAGGUCGAACCCCGUGGAGGGGAAGCUCAUCUUCUGCAACGGGGUGGUCCUGCACCGGCUGCAGUGCGUCCGCGGCUUCGGGGAAUGGAUCGAUUCCAUCGUUGAGUUUUCCUCCAACUUGCAGAACAUGAACAUCGACAUCUCGGCGUUCUCCUGCAUCGCUGCCCUGGCCAUGGUGACAGAGAGGCACGGGCUCAAAGAACCCAAGCGGGUGGAAGAGCUGCAGAACAAGAUAGUGAAUUGUCUCAAGGACCAUGUGACUUUCAACAACGGGGGCCUGAAUCGCCCCAACUAUUUGUCCAAACUCUUGGGGAAGCUCCCCGAACUCCGCACGCUUUGCACGCAGGGGCUGCAGCGCAUUUUCUACCUGAAACUGGAGGAUUUGGUGCCACCGCCAGCAAUAAUCGACAAACUCUUCCUGGACACUUUACCUUUUUAAGACUCUUCCCGUGCACUGACGCUGAACUUGAGGAACCUUCGCCCGUCGGAAGGGGACUUCACCUGGGCACGAGGCAGCGCGUGGGGCGGCACGGCCCCCUCCCAGAGAGCGCUGAGCCUCCUGCGGGCGGAGCGCGACGGGGCGUUUGGCUCUGGGGCACCAUGGAUGCAGAUCUUGGACUACACAAAUCCCAUGGUAUAAACUUUUUAUUAUCAGCUUAUAGAUGAGUUUAUUAUUGAGGACUUCUGGUUAAACAGACGAAGCAAUCUGGCGACGCCAGGCGCGCGGCUCAGACCGAGCGGGGCAGCCCACGCGCUGAGGGGCCCGCGGGGUCUCGCCUCCUAAAGACUAAAGUUUUCUGCUGUAAAAGAAAGCUGUAAUAUACACAGAUCCUAAAUGUUCCGUGGGUGGCAUGCCAGGAAGGAAGGGAAAGGCUUGUACAUUUAUCAGAUGCGGUUUGGCUUUUUAAAAAUUAAUCCGUGCCUAGUUCCGAAUAAAGAUGGGAAUCGAUUCUAAAGAAUUAAAAAAAACAAAAGCUAAACGUGUUUGGGGAGAAAAAAAAAAUUAAAAAGGGAGACUAAAGAGAAGGAAAAGCGAAUCACUCCGUGCGAGGGAAGCGUGACGAUGCUAGGGUGGCAAUGUUAUAGGCACUUGCUAUUUCAGUAAUGUCUAUAUUCUAUAAAUAGUAUUUCAGACACUAUGUAGUCUGUUAGCUUUUAUAAGGACUGGUAGUUCUCUGAGCUUCACACGUUUUCUCAGUUGUAAAAUAGGUGGGCACAAGUAUGACCAAACCCGAAAUCCUCGCAAAGGGACACAUAGUGUUUGUAAGCACCGUCCACAUUCCUUGUUUGUAAGUGUUGUAUGUACUGUUGAUGUUGAUUAAAAGAAAAGAAGUUUA